GUUCUUGAUAAAACAAGCGCAUUCGCCAUAGAACAAUCCACUUAGGAAUAUAGCUGCUUCGCUCACACUCACAUUGAACACCUUUCACAAGCAAACAUCGAAACGGCAGCCAUCUUUAUCCAUACUUUCUUGUGCCAGUGAUUUUGGUCCGAAAACAUGUGAGAAUGACUGACACAACCCAGUGUCAGCGUGAAUGCAGUAUACCAUUUUCUUUUAGCCAAAGUGUAAUCAGCAGGCAACGAAUUGACCACAACCAGCUGAAGACAGUCAGCGGCUAGAGCUGAAACGAAAAUUCAGUUUGUUUCCAGCCGUCGUCCCGUCAAUAUUAAGCUAAAAACUUUUAAUUCGCAAAGACACGUGUGGUCAGACGCAAGUGAGAAGUGAAUAUGAAAAACUUGAUAAGUCAACAAUGCGUUACUUGCGAAUGCACUUACGUCCAAUUUGACAUUUAAAGUGUGGUGAUUUAUGGUAUUUCUUUACAAAUUUAUAAGUGCGUAUAAAUAAUUUUGCCGUGCAAAAAAGUGUAGAAAAAACGAAAAAAACUGUGUGAAUAAUUAGUGCAAUUGUGUAUGAAUUGAUUUCGAGUGCCGUGUAUGCUUACAAUUACAUUUGGGUGAAAAUUUUCUUUUUUAUUACAUUGUAGUGAGCGAGAGCAAUAGCAGUAGCAGAUUCUUCGCGCUAGACUUUGGAUAUCGUCGUAUUUCGCUUGCACAAAAGUUUGUGGCGCGAUAAACGUUUGUAAUCGCGCUUCUAUUAUGCCGUAUUAGAAAGAGACAAAUAGCUACACAAGAAAGAGCACUCUGUUGCAAUGUGAUACUUUUCAUGGAUUUCGUAUCAAAAGUUUUUUUUAUAUGAGUUUAAUAUAUGCAAAUUGUUCGAGCAUUUCGCCCAAAGUGAUAUUUUAUGGUGUAGCACACGUAAUUGAGUAGCGGUCUUAAGCGCAUUCUUGAAUCGAACAUUUCAGGCUUUUAGACUUCUAAUGAUUGCACCCGACACAAACAACAAGAGCAAGCCAGCAAGCCAGUCAGUCAGCAACGUGAGCAAGCGACGGUGGUAAGAAGAGAGAGCUGAGGCACUGUGACAACAACAACAUUGGCAUGAAUUGCAAGCGCUUUAAAGAUUUUCUACAACAACUGAUGGCAGUCUGCCCAUACGCCAAUAUACAUAAAAAAUAGAAGAAGAAGAAGAAGCAGAAGCAUACAUUCACAGCUCCCUUAAAGCUCAGCGGUGUGCUGUGCUGUAAUCACAAAAUCAUCAGUGGGUGUAGUGUGGCAGCUGGCGGCGGUAGUGUCGUAGUCGCACAGACAGCGAUUCAGCGCAGUCACAAUUACUUUCAAGCACACACACAUACAGUGGACGACGAAAGCGGAAGUUGAUUUCAAGCGGAAGAAACGAAGUCAUCUAACGGAAGUGUGCGCGCACACAAAGAAAAGAAGAACAAAUAAAAUAACUGUGAAUUAAAAAAGUGAAAAAACAGACGAAAUAAAAAGGCUCAAUUUGGCAUUAAAACCUGUAUAAGCUAGCGCGCCAAAAAGUAGGCAACAGUUACAAGCCAAAUACGCGCCGUAAACGUGAGCGCGUCAUAACGUGAAUGCCAUUGUCGCGGAAAAUUUAAUUAAAGUGCAAAUAAGACAAAAGAAUGCAGUGAAAGGCAGAUAGAAAAAGAAGAAAAUAGAAGUAAAAAAAUAAACUCAAAACCAGUGACUUUAAAGUGUGCUAAGUAGCCUGACAGGCACUGCAUUGAAGCGUUUUAUUACUUAAGCGCGCGCUAAGCAAAUGAUAAUAAAAAAACACCGUUAUACGAGUGAGACAAAGUUCAGCGAAUAACAAAUAACAAAACUUCAGUGUCGUUAAAGUCGUUGCAAGCGUCAGCAUCAACGCGCGUAGCACGGCAUACCAUCGGUCAAUGUAAUUGAAUUAAAACGUCAAUGCCGAGUGCAAAGUUACGCUACAAGAAAGUGAAGAAGAAAAAGUGAAACAAAAACAAAAACGAAAAGCAAAAAAUCGCAAACAGUUGAACGCGCUAUAUUUACAGUUACGCGCAGUGUGUCGCAGAGUGUGUGUGUUGAAUAAGCGCUUAAAACUUGAUGCGUCAACAAUGUGACUUUACAAGAGUCGUCUCGUCUCGUCUCGUACAUAUAGAAUACUUUAAAGCUUAGGCAAACAAUAUAAAGCUUUUAAAGUUGUUUGUUGCAAAUUCGUUAUAUAAUUUAGCGCAGAAGAAACACCGACAAAUUACACACACAACAACAACAGCAACAGCAACAACUCUCCGCUCAAAGCAAACUGAAUUUGCAUAAGUAUGCAGUGAGAGGUCAAAUAAAGUGAAGCAGAAGAAGAAGAAACAGUGUUUGAACGUUUGAAUUGAAUUUGAACAAUGGAAACGCGCAGUAAGGAUGCUUGUCAAACGGCUGCUGCCGAUUCCACAACAGCAAUUAGUGCGGUGUCCGCAGCACAGAACAGUGAGAAUUAUGUGGAUUCGACCACAUCGCAACGACAACAACAACAAAUCGGCGCCAACAGUGCGCCACAACAACAACAGCAAGUGAGCAGCAGCACCACCACCAACGCCAAUGCCGCGCCGAAAACACGCUCACCAACGCCACCAAACAGUGGCAACAACAACAACAAUGCGGCAAAUAAAGCAAAACCACCACCACAACAACAACAGCAAUAUCAUCAGUUCCGUGCGCCGCAACAAUUUGUGCGCCAUCGUCGCGCCACCGCUCCAGCCACGCUGCUCAACAAGAAGGGCAAAACAUGGAAUAAGCGGCAACAGCGUGGUGCCAAACUACAGCAACAACAACAACUGCAACAGCAUAUGUUGCAAAGUGGCAAUGCCGUCGUGGUUGGUGGUGGUGGAGCUGGCGUUGGCGUCGGCGUUGACGCCGUUGUAACGGGCGCGUCUGCGGCGGCGAGCGCCCAAAGCAAGGCCGACCUCGAGAAUAUACAGAAUUUCAAGAAUCAGCUUGGCGCUCAUCAUUACUAUCAACAUGUCGGUGGUGCUGCCGCCGGUGGGGGACAUCGUGGCGUGGGUGGCGCGAAUGCCGCAGUUGGUGGCAGUGUUGGCGCCGCAACUGGUGGUGCUGGUGUCUCGGGCAAUGGCUUGCCACCGACCGCCAUAGCCAACCUAGAGAAACUGGGUUACGGCCAUGGUCAGAUGAAAAUGUACAAAAAGCUGCUGGCGCAUAGGGGCACCGGCAAUCAUCAUCAUCACGUGCUUUGCGCUGGCGCGGCACACAAUACCAUCGGCGGCAAUUCCAACACGAAUUGUUGUCUCAUCAACGGCUGCAAUGGCGGUCAUCCAAAUGGCAAGGACACUGCCAAUGGCAGCACAAACAGCUCACAAUCUGGCAGCGCUGCCGGCUCAUUGCACUUCUGUUGCACACGUUCGAAAUUCUUCUUGCCGGACAAGCGGGUGCGCAAAGAGACUAUCAUACCGCCCACUAAGUUCUUGCUUGGCGGCAAUAUCUCCGAUCCGCUCAACUUGAAUUCGCUGCAGAAUGAGAAUUCGAAUGCUUCGUCGAACAAUAAUACGCCGGCGACCACGCCACGUCAGUCGCCCAUCACUACGCCACCCAAAGUGGAGGUGAUUAUACCGCCGAAUAUACGUGAUCCAUUGCACUUGCUCGAUCCGGUCGAUUCGAUGGAGUAUGAAAAGCAGCUGACAUCACCGAUGAAGCGCGGCGGUACACGUGGCGGACAUGCACACCAUCACAGCGCCAAGCAUCGGCAUCGCAAGAAUCGUAAGAGCAAGCGUCGCAGACACGACUCUUAUCAGUCGUCUGUGGGUAGCGCCUCCAUUGGCGACAGCGACACAACCGCGCUGGCCAACAGCGCAAUGCCCACUGAAGCGGGUAACGCCAGCCUGACUUCGCUUUCGUUGUCCACAACACUUUCGGUCGCUUCGUUGCUAGAGAGCAGCAGCGGCAACACGAGCGCGUCGUUGAUGGAGGGUGUCAACAACAAUGUGAGCGCGACAGGUAAAAGCGCUCCAAUGGUGGUGAGCACCUGUGAGAAUGCGCCAGCUGAGUAUCUACAGCAGCAACAGCAACAACAACUGCUGGAAGAGCGCGUUGAGAGCGAAGCUUUGGAGACCGCCGCCGUGAGCAAAACGAGCUUCACUGAGGAACGACGUGAGCGACGAAACAGCAAAAGCACAUCGCCAGUGAAACAACAGUACUCCAGCAUUGUGAACUCAACAUUCUCUGGCACACCAAGCGUUGCGGGAGAAACUUUGCAGAGCGCUGGAGAGCCGCAAGCAGCAAGUGGCACACUUGCUACGGCAACAAAGCCUGGUGUGGAGGUAGUGGGAGGCGCUGCUGCUGGUGGUGGUGUUGGUGUUGGUGGCGGCGAUGUUGUUAUCGUUGGCGCUGGUGUCGGUGCUUUGUUGUUGCCGCGUGAGCGCGCCAAUCGAGAUUUGCGCUUGGAAUUGAAUUCGACAACAUUGUCGACGGCAAGCGGCAGCACGUGCGGCAACGUAAUGGCCGGAUUGAGCGGCCAUGGCGCGCUCGCUGGCAUGGGCAUCGGUGGCGGAAGGAAACGCAAGAUAAGCGAGAGCAAUAACUCGCAGAAGAACAAGAAAUUCCACCGCGAUGCUAUGGACAAGAUUGUCAGUCCCGUAGUACCGCAACCUGGCGCUUGGAAGCGUCCACCACGUCUUGCGGCUACUGGCGCACGCAAGCCAACGCGUCGCUCGACAUCAAUCAGCGAAACGGAUGUGCUGAGCCCAGCAGAUGACGUCGCCAAGUCUUUACUUAGCGAAGCCGAUAUAUUGCGCGUUGAGACGCCCGACUUCAGCAAGCUCGAAACCAUUUCGGAAGUUGGACUCGCCAGUCCGCUAAGCACCACCUCCGGCGCCACUUCGGUCGCUGCAGGUGAGCAGGAAUCGUUGAUGGACACAAGCGCUGGCGAAAACUCCACCACAAUGCCCAACGAGGAUGGUCUAACGGUUGUUGCUGCGGGCGCAAAGAGCGGCGCUAACGUCUCUGCAAGCUCGACUGCCAUUGUGCCGCUAACGAGAAUGCCGAAUUUCCGUGCCGAUGGCGUUAAGUACCAGUAUGGCAAUUACGAUCGCUAUGUGGGACUACGCCAUCUCAACGAGCUGGUGGAUGUGCGCCUGCAAGUGUUUCAACGGCACUUGGAGCUCUUCCAAAAUAAAGACAUACUGGAUAUCGGCUGCAAUGUGGGUCACAUGACAAUCACUGUGGCGCGCAACUUUGCGCCCAAAUCCAUAUUGGGCAUCGAUAUCGAUAGAAAGUUGGUGGCACGUGCGCGACACAAUCUCGGCUUAUAUGUGCUCAUACCGCCAGAGUCGGCGGUCAAGCCCGCGACAAGCACGCCAAUAAAUAAAGAUGCGGACGCUGUUGGUGGUGUUAAAAAAGAAGAGCCGAAAGUUGCCGUGAAAGAGGAGAAGUUGGCGACCGGCAGCGCUGUGUGCAAAAUAAAAACAGAAACUGCCAGCACAAAAGACACUGCCAACAAGGAUAGUGGCAAAGCAGCCAACAACGCAGCUGUUGCCGGCACGAAUGGGGCGAAAAAGACGCGUCGUCGUAAAAAGCGCACAUUGUCACAACAACACGCGCAACAACAACAACAACAGCAGCAGCAGCACACACAAUUCCAUCACCACCAUCAUCAUCAUCAUCACCAUCAUAUGCAUCACAUGCAUCACCAUCAUCAUCACAGUCAUUAUCAACAACAACAACAGCAAGCAUUGCAUGUACCUGCCACCGAUCUGUUUCCCGUGUCAUUUCCACUGACAUACGGUGGCAUACCAACAGUCACAGCUGGCGCCGCACACGACAGUCACUCGCCCGGCGCGUCCACCAAUACGCCCGGUCAUGGCAGCAAUGCCACACCGGCCAGCAGUGGAGGCGUCGCAAAUCGUAAGCGCAAGAAUGACUUCCCACGUAACGUUUUCUUUCGUCAUCAGAAUUAUGUGUUGGAAGAUGAGGCGCAGCUGGCCAAUGACACGCAGCAAUAUGAUCUCAUACUGUGUUUAUCGGUGACUAAAUGGAUACAUUUGAAUUUCGGCGAUGCGGGUCUGAAGAUGGCCUUCAAACGCAUGUUCAACCAGCUGCGACCCGGCGGAAAGCUCAUACUGGAGGCACAGAAUUGGGCGAGCUACAAGAAGAAGAAGAAUUUGACGCCCGAAAUCUACAACAACUAUCGCAACAUUGAGUUCUUUCCCAACAAAUUUCACGAGUAUCUACUCAGCUCUGAGGUCGGCUUCAGUCACAGCUACACGCUGGGUGUGCCGCGGCAUCUAAGCAAAGGCUUUUGUCGUCCCAUACAGUUGUACGCCAAAGGCGACUACACACCGAAUCACAUACGCUGGAGCGAUGCGUACUACCCACAGACACCGUUUGAAGCUUAUCGUGGCAUUUACGCCACAAUGCCACCACGUCCUGCGGGUCUCGCCUCGUACGCCAUGUCAUCGACACGCAGCCAGGCAUACGAUACACCGCACUACACGGGCGGCACCUCCGGCCCGUAUAGUUGCCGUCAAACACCCAUGUAUCAGCCCAUCUACAAUCCGCUGGAGACCGAUUCCUAUCUACCCUCCUACGACAUGGAAUACCUUAACCACAUGUACGUGUUUGCCUCGCCGCUGUAUCAGACCGUCUGGUCGCCACCCGCCAGCUUGCGCAACAGCUCCUCACACACACCUGUCUUCGGUAGCGUGCGUGAGGCCGAAUUGGAUGGCGAUGGUGGUGGUAGCGGUGGCGGCGGUAGCUACCAUCGUCACGUGUAUCCGCCGAAUGAAGACACAUCUUCGCCAAAUGCAAAUACGGGUGGCGCAUUCAGCUCGAUACGCGAUCCAGACACGGAUGAUUCGAAUCAGUUGCCAGCUGGUCGCAUGCAACAUGUGUAUGCGACGAAUUGUGGUGAGAGUUCAUCGUCGCCGCAGGUGCAACACAACAACGAUUCGGAUGCGUUGGUGGAGGAGGGUCUGUCGUUGGACGACGAACAGCAUGUGACGCAACCGGCAGCGCAUGGCGCACAUGUGGCGGCUGCGGGCAGCGGCGGUAGUGCGAGUGCGGUGAGCGCUACCAAUGGCGAGUUGUCAGCCGCAAGUGGUGGUGCUCUUGCAACGGAAGGCAAUCAGCAUUACUGUGAUUUAAAUGAUGCUUAAAAAUUUUCUUUGUUUUGGCGUAUUUUGUGUUUGGUAUAAAUUUCGGCGUAUCAGCGUGUGGAAUGUGUGGGCGAAAGUGUGAAAUGUAUAAAAGUUUUGAAAUGCAGUGCGGUAGUCAGUAGUUGGCAGCAUGUGUAAGCCUAAGGCAAACGCUUUAAAGACGCUUAUGAGAAAUAUUAUUAUAUAGAAUUAUUCAGUAUAUUGGCAUACGAAGAAACACACAAGGUAAAUAAUCAAAAAGUAAUUUCUAUUUUUUUGAACUGUUUUAUUUGCUGUAUGUUCAUAAAAAGUCGUUUUUUAAAUUCCAAUCUUAUAUUUACGAACCCGCGAGGUGUUUAUUGAUUGUAGUGACGCAAUUUGUGCGAGUUUUCGCCAUGUUCGAAAAAUGUUCGAAUUUUCGAAAAUGUGUUUUUCGACAGUAAAACUUAUAAAAUUGCGUUUUGUAACGGUAUUUAACAUGACCGAAUUUUCGAAUAUGGGUUUUUCGACGAGAACAGUCAUAAAAUUGAGUUUUAUAACGGUAUUUUUCUCAAAUAUUUUCUAAAUUUGCUUAGUUGUUGCAAAAUUUAUCUCAAAACUUUUUAUAUCACUAUUUACUGUUAUUUAUUUAAAUUUUUUUCUAUACCAAAUUUUAUAUUUCUAUCGAGUACAAUACUUCACAUCCAUAAAAAGGUAGCCUCGUGGUUUAGGAAUGUUUUCUACCAGAAAAAUCCCUAAAAGUGUUGAAAAGCAUUUGCUCAAUGUUAUAUAUUCUUUCAUUUCGUUUUCCCUACAUCAGCCUUCCCAUUCGAAAUGCGUGAAUGGUUAUAUUUUGUAGCAAAUAAUCUCUUAAGCUUCUUAAAAAUACCUAAAAAAGACGACAAAGCAAGUUGGUGCGCAAAAUAAAAGCGGCAAAAAAAAUCGAAAAAGUUUAUAAAAUCUAAAAAUAAAGCGUUCUAAUUAGUUUUAGCCAAAAAAGAAAGUCGUUAUUAGUGUUGAUUUAACUUAGGAGUAUAAUAUAGACAGACAUAUAUAUAGUUGUUGUUGCAGUCUUGGAGUCAUGCUUAGGUCGGCCGGCCGCUACUUAUUGGAAGUUUAUAAAAAUAAAAAUGUUUUUUAGUAUAAAAGUCUAUAUUAUGCAGUUAAAUGUAAAACAAUUAUAAAAAAUAAAUUUACAUUUAUUAAGUAAAAUUGUAAAUCUGAUCCGUAUUAUACUAAUUUGUUGAAAAUUUUUAUUUAUAAUUUUUUUUUUAAUUUUCACUUCCAAUGAGUUGCGCUGCAUGCCUACUGCACAUGACUGUACACAUAAAAAAUUAAACUAAGAAUUAUUUUUAGCAAAAAUAUAUUAGCUUAGUGUUAAACUUACUUAUAUCGUAACAAUUAUAGUCAUAAUUAUUUAUAAACAAGCAAAGCAAAUAUUUAACACAUAAAUAUUUGUAGAUUUUAUUUUUAGUGUAUAUUUUUCGCAUAUUUAUAUACAGCAACAAGCAACAGAAAAAAGAUAAAAUUAAGCAUUACUAAGUAUAACAACAACAAAAAAGAAAAAAAACAGCAACUUGCAUAUACGUAAACAUAUUUAGCAGGUAUUUGUAGCAAUUAAUAGAACUAAAGCGAAUCAAAAAUCGUAGGAAAAACAAGUUGCCAAUCAACAGCGCGCAGCAGCUUUGAGGACAAGCCUUAAUUGUAGAAAUAUAUAAAUUUAUUGAAGCCAAAACAUUUCACAGUUAAGUUUACCGUUUACAUAAGCCGUUUACAUGACCAGCACAAGUUAAACUUGCAAAGAAUUAAGCGAUUUGCGCUGCUCCAACACACUUUCGUUCUGCCGCAAUUAAAGCCUGUCUGCCGCUGCGCGCUGCCGGCCACGAUGGAAUACGUUGUAACGUAACGUAAACAAGGAAAUAUUAAGCUAAAACACAACUUAAAUGUCUAGUAAACAGCUUUUAGCAGCAGAUGCAGAAUAAGAAAAAUAAUUAAAAUAAAUUAAAUAUUUUUAACGCUUACAAUUUAUGCUGCUGCUCUAGUGUGUAGUGGUGCGCGUCUGUGUGUAGUAGUGUUUCUUACGGAGGCCAACUUAGUAACCGUUAUUAUUUUUAAUUUUAACUUUUAAUUUUAAUAUUUUAACUAAUGCGUCGCAUAAAUUAUAUAAAAUAAUAAUAAAAAAAAAAUGUU